AUGUUUGCGGAGAAGGGUCUUGAGAUCGCAGUCGAGCUGCUACUGGACGCUAAUCCUCACCAUCGCCAUCACGGAACCUGGUUCAUGGCCAGAGCGGCGAUGACCCGUGCUCUUUUGGUCCUGGCGACGGUCAAGAGCGGUAGGUUCCGACUGCCGGACCGAUGGAAACAUGCGGUGGACUCGGCCACAUGGGCUUUGCAGCGCUGGUAUGGCGAAGCUCCGGAUUUGCGUAAGGCGGCGUCUGUGCUGGAGGAACUCAUGGGUCAGAUCGUCAGGUCCGAGGUGUAG